GGAACAAUCACAUAUGUUUGCUGUGAGGUUGCAAGUGUUGAUGGAACUGAGUCAGCAAGGACUACCACUGGAAAGCAAGUUACAAACGAGGAGUUGUAUGAACUCACCUCCUUGAACUACGACUGUCCAUUGGGCCAGGCUUUGCGAAAAUUCAGUUUGAGAGUUAGCAGCAGCAACAGUCUCAACUCAGCCAGCUUCAGUUGCAUCAAUGUUCCACUGAGAAGGAACAUCAAGGAGCCGAACGUGACACUUCAAAAGUUGGAGUGGGACCAGUUCAGAGGAUCUUGGGUGUUGGAGCGUGCUGUGAAUGUUCAAAUCCGCACACCCGUGGUGGAUAUCGCCAGCACCACCGGAGAAGCCCCGUGCCCAGAUGGAUAUGCAAUGGUGAGUUGGAAGAUGGGCAACCACGGCUCUGAGGAGCAGAUCAGUGUUGUGAAUAGCUGCCGAUGGGUGGAGCUGUCGGACACCUGCAGCACUGUGACUGGUAGCGACAACAUCUCGUGUUCUGGGCUCCAAGUGGUGACCGACUUCACGCUGAUACCAGACACCUCUGAUCCGUCUCGUGAGUGGUUCAAGGUGGACUAUACUUGCUGCGAAGUCAUUGGCAUCAACAAUAGUGAAGAAGACACUUGCUUCUCCUUCACAACCCCUACCAAGACGUACGACGGUGCAUUGCAACCAUGGCAGUUUGUGCUUACUGAGGCAGAUUUUGCAGUUGACUGCAGGUCCAAUGUGCUCCAAUCCGUCACGUUCAAUUUCAACGAUGCUAACGAAUUAGCCAUUGUUUACGACUGCUGCAAAGCUGUCUCUGUCGAAGAUCAAACAGCAGGCAUAGCAAGCAUUGCCUAUCAGCCACAAGAUGGUGCACCCACAGCCAACACAGGUACUCCAAAUGAAGUCAGACGAGUAGAGGUCAAGUCCGUAAAAGAGAGUGACAAUACGCCACUCUCCGAAGUCUCCUUCAUCCUCGAUGGUGAUCUUUGGAACAACUCCCGCUUGUCAGGCUCUGAACUACAUGUGCUGGUUCUGAGCCGCUUGACGCACCGCUUUGAAGACUACCAGAAUUUUGGCAAUAUCACAAACAGCGCACAAGCAGACAGCGCAGCAGAUUAUCUUAACGAUUUGGCCCCCGAAACUGUGGUCCUCAUCGCCGACACCGAAAUUCAAACUUUCUCUUCUAAGUUGGAAUACGCCUUGCAGCGAUGUGGAGCACAACUGUUGGGCAGUGAAAGUCCUGAUGGGCCUUAUGGCCUCAUUGGAAUUGUUCGAGAUGCUGACGCUGAGGAUACCCGAGAAGCCUUGGAUGAAGGCUGGGAAGAAGUUACAGUGGAGCUCGAAGUGUCCUUGCCACAUCUCUACUCACCUGCACCCAUUUCUAGGUACUCUGCAGAUUUUGUCUCGCUGAUUGCGUCCCAGGAUCCUUUCCCGGCAGAGAGACCGAUCAAACCAGAACUGCUGAAGUUCAAACCAUCGGAGCCAGUCAAUUUGGUGGGCACUCCGGCUCUUUGGCCAUGAUUGAUCGAGAAAAUGGCUCGAGACGCCACGAUUCCACCAACCC